CUUUCGCGUGGUACCGCCAUUUCGACCAAACGUCCACAUUUGAUUAGCACGUUUUCGUCAUCAAAAGACGUCAAAUUUUUACCAGUUUCCUCGGGCCGAACUGAGUCCAUUCACAGUCAACAUGACGGAGAAAAUAGAUAUGAGCCUAGAAGACAUCAUUAAAUUGAAUAGGACCAACAAGAGAGGGGGAGGUAGAGGUCGCGGUGGACGUGGUCGCGGCGGUGGACAAACGCGUGGCGGUGGACGGGGGAGAGGCGGCAUGUCCGGAGGUGGUGCCAUCAGACGGCAAGGCAGGGGUGGUGGUGCCCGCCCCACUCCGUAUUCACGGCCAAAACAGGUACCUGACCAGUGGCAGCAUGACAUGUAUGAAGGUGGAACUGGAACAGGAAGGAUGCAGUAUAGAACAGGUGGUUCCGUCGGUGGUCAGAAUCAGCAAGGAAAGCUGAUGGUGUCCAAUCUAGACUAUGGAGUCUCUGACGCAGACAUCCAGGAACUGUUUGGAGACUUCGGUGUCUUACUGCACGCGGCUGUCCACUAUGACCAGUCAGGCAGGAGUCAGGGCACAGCUGAUGUGGUCUUUCAGAGGAAAGCAGAUGCCAUCAAAGCUAUGAAACAGUAUAAUAACGUACCCUUAGAUGGUAGUCCCAUGAACAUCCAGCUGGUUACUUCGCCACUUGAGUACGAGCAACAGUUAAGACAACCUACCCAGAGAGCAGGGAACCAGGGAAGGAUACAGCGAGGCAGAGGGGCAGGAGGGCGCAACCAGUACAACAACAGGGGUGGGCGUAACCAAGGGCGUGGUGGCCUCAGGGGGCGCGGAGGUCGAGGGCGUGGCCGAGGUGGCAGCAAGGGACCGACACCCACUGCGGAGGAGUUGGAUGCACAGUUAGAUGCUUACAAUGCUGAGAUGGAUAGUUAAAGUACAUCCUUGAAGUAAGAAAUUUUGGAAGUUUCGUUGAGGGGAGAUUUUCUACUGUGACCUCAAGCUCUGCAGCAGUACUGCAAUAUGACAUGGACGUAUUUUGUAAUUAGAUGGAAUUUGGUGAAAUCAUGGGCACUUGCAAGGGCUGCUGCACUGCCGACUGUUAAUGACCUGUAACGAAACUCAUGCUUGUCUGAACAGGCAACCGCAUUUAAUAGUAAGCAGGAAAAAUGCCAAACCAAGAUAUUUACUAAGCAUUUUAAAGUUUUUCAUCAGUUGUCUUUAUAUGUGUUUCAUAGUAGUUUUGAAUAGUAGUUGCUGUCAGUUUUGCUUACCAAAUAUAUUGGUUUAGUAUUUUUUUUCCUACUUUUGAAUUUCUGUGAUAUUGGCAAUGUCAGGCAUGAGUUGAAUGGAGUGGAAAUUGCAAGGACAUGAGGUUCUUGUGGUCUGUAAAACAUUUUAGACAGUCAUUUAUUGUUUCCGGUAAACAUCCAGUCAGUUUUUGCCUGUGUGAUCAUCUUCAACUUGCUUAUUUCUGAGACACUAGUUUACAGUGAAGAUUGAAUCAAAAUUAGAACCUAAAAUCUGUUGCCUGCAUUGAUUUGUAAACUCCUUCUGUAUUUUCAAUUUCAGUAAAUUGUUUGUCAUUCCAGUAAACAGCACGGACAACCCAAGUUUACCAAAUCCUACCUUCACCUAUUUUAUUCAAAACUAAAACCCAACUUCGAUGGUGUAGUAGUCCACCUGACUGAUAUGUUUCUGUCAAACUAUGAUCUAUUUAGUGUGUAUUGAUUGUGAUAUGAAAAAUUCACAAGAAUUUUCUUACUGUCAUGAUCACUAGUCGCUUUCAUUGCAUCCCCCCAUGACUUUUUAAAUUUGAGAUUGUGUUUUAAAAUGAAUGAAAAUUUGGUUAAUUGGAGUCAGGAGAAGGAUGGUUUAAUCAUCUGUGCUGAAAGAAGACCAUUAGAGAUUCACUUCCCUCGCUUAAUGCAGUUGCCAUGUUUGUAUCGGAAGUCGGUGUGUGUAAAUAGUUUGUCUUUUUAUUACUUGGAAACAACAGUUUUGCAGGCUUUAAAAAUGGAAGCUUUGAUUAGUCUCCAACCAUUGUAAAAAAAAAAUCUGUGUUUUUUUUCAUUCUGUGUCACAUUCAAGAAUGGAAGGCAAUUUUCAGAAACAAGUUCUUUGUAUUGUUGAGGACCUACUUUGCGUAACUUAAGUUCCUAGUGGCAUCAGUGUCUUUUAAGGGAAGGGAAUUCUACUGUAUGAACUUAAACCUAUACCGUUGAAUUUUUCUUUUAUGUGGAUAAAAUUCAGUGCAAAAUUAUACGGAAAAUAGCUUUUCAGUACGCCUAUGAAAUUAUAAAAUGUUCAGUUGUGAUAUUAAUUUUGGGUACAAGACCAAAUUACCAGAUUACUUAGCUCCAUUUUUAUUGAAUGGUAACCAUCUUAAAUUGUCUACUUGGUAUAAUGGAUUUGGGAUGGUUUCCAUUUGCUCUGACUAAUUACAAUUUCCCGCUCAACAGUCAUAACAUUGGCCUUGGUACUUGAUACAGUAAUAGAAAUAUCCCCUUUUGUGACAUAUUUUUAACUUUUCUUGUUUUUUAGUGCCGGUGGUGUAAGUUUUUAAAACCUGUUUCCAACCUUUUAUUACAUUUUGUUUUCAAUAUCGGUGAGACAUUAACAAGGAGACAUCAGUAAUAAAGGGUCCUGAUACAGGAUGAGGGGGAAAACGUG